ACACGACGUGGCAAGUAAAUAGUUCACUUCCUUGACUGUGACUUCUGUUUGAAACAGUCACGUCUUUCGGCGAGAAAGCAGUCCGUGGUUUGUGUUAUUUGUCUGUAAUUCCUCACAGAUUGGUGUCGCUGUGUUCUUGUUCUUCAUGAGGCUUUAGCUGCUCGGUGGAGGAUGUCUGGUCUGGCGCUGCUGCUGUUUGUUGGCGGACUGCUGUUGGUGUGUGCUAACAGAGGAAGCUAUCCCUCCUUCACAGACGAAGUCCCGUUUAAAAUCAGCUGGCCAGGAGCUGAAUUCACGCUGCCAACAUCUGGUGGACUUUACAACGAGGAUGACUUUGUGAUUAUGACAACAACUGAGAAAGAGAAGUACAAAUGUCUCUUACCGUCGCUGACAGCUGGAGAGCAGGACGAUGAUAAAGAGUAUGUUGGUCCUAGUCCGGGGAAACUGCUGGAGCCGCUAUUCAAACGGAACAGCUGCUCCUACAGGAUUGAAUCCUAUUGGACAUAUGAAGUGUGCCAUGGAAAGCAUGUAAGGCAGUAUCAUGAAGAGAAGGAGACUGAUCAGAAAGUCAGUGUUCAAGAGUACUUUCUAGGAAAAAUGGCACCAAAAAGCAGAUCUGCAGAAAUGGAUAAAGUUGAAGACUCUGAAAGUGCCAAAUCUGAAGAUGAAUUUGAGGUGCCCACUAAGAACAUAGAAGGUCAGCUGACUCCAUACUACUUGGUGGAACUGGGUAAUGGAACGCCAUGUGUACUGAAGCAGAAUGAACCUCGCUCCACGUCUGUGCUGUACGUCUGUCAACCAGAGGCCAAACACGAAAUCCUUACUAUUUCUGAGGUCACUACCUGUGAAUAUGAGGUGGUGGUGUUGACACCGCUCCUCUGUGCACACCCAAAGUACAGGUUCAGGUCUUCCCCUGUGAACGCCAUCUUCUGCCAGGCCCUGGCAGGCUCCCCUUUGAAGCCUCAGCGGCUCGAACAGUUGGACAAGGAGCAAGAGGAGCAACUCAAACCACAUUUCAGCACCACCUCUGAAAUCAGGGAGGAGGUGUCACCAGUUAGAGAGGAUGCCUUCACCGCCACUCACAAGCCCAUGACUGUCGGUGGGCAGUCUCAGAUCACUGUCGGCACCACGCAUAUUUCUCGUUUGACGGAUGACCAACUAAUCAAGGAGUUCCUCAGCGGCUCCUACUGUCUGCACGGGGGAGUGGGCUGGUGGAAAUAUGAAUUCUGUUACGGAAAAUACGUCCAUCAGUAUCAUGAGGACAAAGAGCAUGGAAAGAAUAUUAUCGUGGUAGGAAACUGGAAUGCUGACGAACACAUGGACUGGGCCAAGAAGAAUGUCGCACGCUCUUACCACUUCAAGGAUGAUGGAGUGCAGAAAGUCAAGUUGGUUUCCCAUUUUUACGGCCAUGGUGAUGUUUGUGACUUGACAGGGAAACCCAGACAGGUCAUUGUCAAGCUGAAAUGUAAGGAGUCAGAGUCUCCUCAUGCUGUCACCGUGUACAUGCUGGAGCCUCAGACUUGUCAGUAUGUCCUUGGGGUUGAGUCUCCAGUCAUAUGCAGAAUUCUUGACACAGCUGAUGAACAUGGUCUUCUGUCGCUCUCCAGUUAAACUUACUGUGAUCACAUGACAGAAGGACGCAUGAAGGACAUGCAGAGGACAGCUGCAGAGACGUCCACUUGAAAACAGAACAUUGAUCAGUAAAUUUAAAUAUGUGAUGGGGGAAAGGAGAUGGCCAUCACACCGCAAUAAAAGUGAUUAAAGCGGUAAAGAAUGCACCAAGUCCUCAGUCGGCCGGUGGUUAACCUGUGCAGCAAGCCUAAUGUGACAGGUUUAUUCAGACUUUUAAGAAAAUGCAGUGAAAUGGGGGUUUGCUGCUCCAAAGAGAGCUUAUAACCCAUAUUUGUUUGUGCUUUACAUAGUGUAAGUGAAGCAAAGAAUGAGGCAGUUUGUGGGCGUUAUGGAAAUCCAAAGUAUUUGGGGCGGGUUUAUUGUUUUUGUGGUGUGUGUGUAAGUGAGUGUGAGAGAUAUAAAAAUGCGGUUUGACUGGAGCACUUUGCACUUGAAAACAUGAUGAAAAGGGUCACUGCAGCAGUGACGACGUGAAUUUGCAGAUUGAGUGUAAUUUAUGAGUUCAGGGAUGUUGUGAAAUGGUGGAAAACCUGGGUAAAAAUGACAAGUUGA